AUGGAGGAGGAACGGAAGCAAUGGAAAGGAUCAUCGUUCCUCGUGCUUGUUGCCUACUAUUCGCGCUAUGUUGAGCUGGCGAAGCUCUUCUCCACCUCAUCCGCAGCUACAAUCAAGUCGAUAAAGUCCAUAUUCGCACUUCAAGGUAUAGCCGAAACCGUAUUCUCAGAUAACGGACCGCAGUAUGCAUCGCAAGAAUUUCAGCAAUUCGCGAAGCACUAUGACUUUGCGCAUUUUACUAGCAGUCCGCGUUAUCCCCAAUCGAAUGGGGCCGCAGAGAGGGCGGUACAGACUGUCAAACAGAUGUUGGAGAAAGCUGAUGACGAUCCGUAUCGUGCCUUACUUGCAUACCGUGCUACCCCGCUGGAGAAUGGAUACUCACCGGCUGAGUUACUCUUUGGCAGGAGGAUACGCACAACCGUGCCGAUCAUACCGGAGAAACUGGAAUCGCAGCUUCCCGACUCUGCUAAGCUACGCACGAGGGAGCAAGAUCAGAGGAACCAUCAGAAACAGAACUACAAUGCUCGCCAUCGUGCAGUAGAACGCGACGUCUUGUGGCCAGGAGAUGAGGCGUAUGUGAGUAGAGAGAACACACCUGGAACUGUUGUUCGUGUCGCCGAGACACCGCUGUCAUAUAUCGUCGAGACCCCUACAGGGGAGAUCAGGAGAAACCGUCGUCAACUAGCAUCGCGACCCGAGAGUGUGGACAGUCCCAGCAGCGAAGACCACGACACCCACCCGUGA